AUGGCCAUGGUCACCGUCCUCGGCAUACUCUUGCUUGUCAUCGUGCGUGUCCGUCGCCACAACGAUCGCUACGCCUGCCGCUCGUUGUUCUCGAGAUUUCCUCGGAGAAAGGAGAGUUCGGACGACGACUUGACUGUCUCUAUCUCCCCUUCCUGUCCGACGGUUGUUGGUCUUUCUUCUACCAAAGGCUUUCCUAUGAUGCACAUGACUAUCACCCCACCCACCCCAGCGCAAGCUCCCCCAUGGCCACACAAGAGAGAUUCCUACGAGAAGGAUGAAGUUCGCCAGUUGUCUCGCAACAGCCACAGCGAAGGCAUGGUGGCGUAUGGUGCCCAUAAAGGACUAGGCUCGUCCACUUUCGAAGCAAAAAGCUUUCCCCACCCGGACCAAUCCCAACCGUCGCGCACCGCGCCGGGAGGGUGGCACACGUACUUUCACCUAGCCACUCAUUGGACUAUCCUUGUCGUUCGCACAACUCGGACCAUCCAUCCACACUCGCACACCGCCCUAUCACCGUCUCCACGACGUGCGUCACGGAAGUCGCAUCCGGUCCAGAAAGUCGUUGACCACUCAGCCGUCGCUCGAGAUCCGGAACACACUCCUAGCAACUUCCCAACCGCCUUCUUGCUCGUACGCCAAUCGCAGUAA